GAGAACAAACUGGGGCCGCUGGGGUUGGCACCGAGGGGACAAGCCCCUCUGUCACCAGGAUGCUCUCGAUGGCCCAGCCGAGCCCGGAGCGGGUGCCCAGCCCUGCGGAGCAGGAGUGGGCAGGGCCCGAGGCGCUGUGCCCAGGCUGGCUGGAGGACGAGGCCCCCGAUGGCGACGUGCCCGGGGACAGCGGGGACCCCGACGGUGCCACCCACGCCUUCGAGCGGCUGCAGAGCGCCCUGUGCCAGGAGGGGCUGCCCCCCACGCUGGACUGCUCCGCAGAGCCCCGCACGGGAUUUGGCCCGCUGGACAUGACCGUUUGCAUCCUGGGCUCCCCCACCGCCUUCCUGCCCGUCCUACUGGAGGGUGGCACCCGCUGCCCAGGUGCCAUGGUGCUGUGCCUGUCACCCACCUGGGCCAGCCGGGUGCCGUCGGAGUCGUGUCCCGGCGCUUGGUCCCUGCUGCUCUCCCAGGGGGUCUCCUUCAAGGUGGGGGGUCACAGCGCCCUGGAGACCUUCGUGCCCCCCCGCCGUGCCAACUACGUGACGGGCACGUUCGCGCCGUGGGACCCCGAGGGCGGCUGGGCGGCCGAGCUGGCCCGUGACCUCGACUGCCCCACGGGGGGCUCGGCCCCGCUCGCCCGACGCCUUGAGGACCUGCUGGUCACCCGCUGGGUGCUGGCGGCUCGUGCCAAGCUGCCCGUGCCCCCCACGCUGGCCUUCGUCCUGGGGGCUCGGGGGGACCUGCCCGCCGAGCUGGAGGUACCCGGGGUGAGGCUGGUGCGGCUGCAGGACCCCCAGGGCCAGGACAGCCUGGUGCAGGAGGAGGUGGGCGCCUUCUUGGGGGGCACCGCCAUGGAGCCCUACAGCCAGGUGAUGGUGCGGCCGGCGGGGUGGCGGUGGCAGGGGACGGGCACCCACAGCACCCACCGGAAGGAGGAGGGGGUGGCGGUGGCGCAGGCGGUGUGUGCCCGGCUGCGGGGGCUGACGGAGGAGGACAGCGUCCUGUUGGAGGCCAUGGUGCCCACCGCCCGCCUGCCCCUGCCCCCCCCACGCAGCCCAGCCCCGCGGCUGCCCGUGGCCCUGCGCAUCUGCACCCUGCUCUGCAGGUCCUGGGGGGACCGGCCCCAGCUCUGCCAGGUGGCCUGCGCCGUGGGACGCGCGGAGAGCCCGGUGCGUCACGGGGCGGCGCUGCCCCAGGGCCUGGACUCCAGCCUGCAGCAGUGGGGGGUGGUGGCCCCCAGCCAGCGCCAGGCGCUGGCCACGCGGCUCCGGGGGACCGCCGAGGCCGCCAUGGCCGCCCUCCUGGCCGCCGAGGCCGAGCUGAGCCCGCAGCAGCGCGGCGGCACCCGCGCCCGCACCGACAUCCUGGGUGUGGACUUCUUGCUGGCGUGCGUGGAUGACGCCCUGGAGCUGGUGGCCCUGGCCACCAACAGCCAGCGGUGCCUGGAGACCUGCGUGCUGGCCGAGGCCAUGGGGCGCGCCGUGGGGGAGCCCGCCGGGGACCUGCCCCGGCUGCUGGCCGAGGCCAUGCUGCACCGGGCGCAGUGUCACCUGGUGGAGGGCAAGGACAUCCUGCUCAUCGGGGCCGGCGGCGUCAGCAAGAGCUUCGUCUGGGAGGCGGCUCGAGAGUACGGGCUGAAGAUCCACCUGGUGGAGUCGGACCCGGAGCACUUCGCGGCGGGGCUGGUCCAGACCUUCCUGCCCUACGACAGCCGGGAGCACCGGCGGGACGAGGAGCACGCGGAGCGGGUGCUGGAGCUGGUGCGCUCCCGGGGGCUGCGGCCCCACGCCUGCCUCUCCUACUGGGACGACUGCGUGGUGCUGGCGGCGCUGGUGUGCCAGGGCCUGGGGCUGCGCGGCUGCUCGCCCGCCGCCGUCCGCGUGGCCAAGCAGAAGAGCCGGACCCACCAGCACCUGCAGCGCUGCCGCCGCGGCCGCCCGCCGCCCGCCGCCUUCGCCGUGCCCUGCCGCCGGCUGCAGAGCCACGGAGACGUGGAGCGGGCGGCGGGCGCCGUGCCCUUCCCGGCCGUGGCCAAGCUGGAGUUCGGGGCCGGAGGCGUCGGGGUGCGGCUGGUGGAGGACGCCGGGCAGUGCCACGCGCACGCGGCGAGGCUGUGGCGGGACCUGCGGGACGACGCCGACCACCCGGGCAUCGGGCUGGGCUGGGGCAACGCCAUGCUGCUCAUGGAGUACGUGCCGGGCACCGAGCACGACGUGGACCUGGUGGUCUUCGACGGGCGGCUCGUGGGCGCCUGGGUGUCGGACAACGGCCCCACGCGCGUCCCCGCCUUCCUGGAGACGGCGGCCUGCCUGCCCUCCUGCCUGCCCGCCGACCGGCAGGCGCAGCUGGUGCGGGCGGCCCUGCAGUGCUGCCGGGCGUGCGGGCUGCGCGACGGCGUCUUCAACGUGGAGCUCAAGCUGGGGCCGGGGGGCCCGCGGCUGCUCGAGAUCAACCCCCGCAUGGGGGGCUUCUACCUGCGCGACUGGAUCCGGGAGGUCUACGGCCCCGACCUGCUGCUGGCGGCGGUGCUGGUGGCGCUGGGGGUGCCGCCGGUGCUGCCCGCCCGCCCCGCGCCCCGCGCCCACCUGGCCGGGGUGAUGUGCCUGGGCUCGGAGCACGGCGCGGCGCUGGCGGGCGGCGGCGGGAUGGAGGCGCUGCGGGAGCUGCAGGGCCGGGGGCUCGUCCGCCUCAACCGGCUCUUCGAGGAGGUGGCGGGGGACGGCGAGUACGAGGAGCCGCUGCUGAGCGUGGCGUGCGACGGGGCGACGCGGGCGGAGGCUUGCGUGCGCCUGCUGGGGCUGUGCCAGGCGCUGGGCAUCGACUCCCCGAGAUACCCCGUGGAGCAUUUCUUGUCCCACUUCAAAUAGCGCCGGGCAGGCAGC